AUGAAGUUUCUAGAGUGUGCUCCUCUUGACCGGAUUAACGAUUUCUUGAGUAAUUUGAAUCUGGGAGAAAGUACUAUCAAAGGAUGUCUUGAAGCUUAUAGUUGUAAACAUUCUGGAGCAGAUAAAAAACUCUCUAUCAGUUUGGGUAAUGAGAUUCUUGAUUAUCUUGGAAAGUCAUCUGACAAUGAUUCUUCCUCGCCAAAUGAAUCCUUAAUAAAUAGAACCAGCCGGAAGACAUUGGUUUACCUGAUUCUUGCCCUCUAUCACAUGUAUCCAGAUUAUGACUUCAGUGCAGUUAAAGCUCACCAGUAUUUCACAGAGGAAUCAUGGGACAGUUUUAAGCAAAUUUUUGAUGCUUAUAUGUUUGAAGCCUCAAAGGAAUGGGUUGAAACCUUUGGGGGUGCUUCUCUGCUGGAUGCCUUGUUCAAGGCCCUUGAUGAGGUUGUGACGUUAUCUGACUGCGAAAUUUAUGGCUAUUUACCUGAUCCUGAGGCAGACCCGUUACCAGAGAGAGGAGCCAUUUGGUCCUUUAAUUUCUUGUUCUACAAUAGAAAGCUUAAGCGGAUUGUGACAUUUCGUUUAAGCAGUUUUAGCAACUUGAUUGCGGAUGGAUUUUCUUUUGACGAGAUACUCGAUGAGUACGAUGAGGAAAUAUUUGCUGACAUGGAUAUAUGA